UACUUCAAUAGCAGCAAAGCUCUUAGAGAAGCAAUGUGCUUCAUGAUGGAUCCGGCUCUAGGAAGGAAAACUUGUUAUGUACAAUUUCCACAGAGAUUUGAUGGCAUUGACUUGCACGAUCGAUAUGCUAAUCGGAACAUAGUUUUCUUUGAUAUCAACAUGAAAGAUCUGGAUGGCAUUCAGGGUCCAGUUUACGUGGGAACAGGAUGCUGUUUCAAUAGGCAAGCUUUGUACGGAUACGAUCCUAUUUUGACUGAAGCUGAUCUGGAGCCAAACAUUGUUAUUAAACGCUGUUGUGGUAGAAGGAAGAAAAAGAACAAGAGUUAUAUGGAUAGUCAAAGCCGUAUUAUGAAGAGAACAGAAUCUUCAGCUCCCAUCUUCAAUAUGGAAGACAUCGAAGAGGGUAUUGAAGGUUAUGAGGAUGAAAGGUCAGUGCUUAUGUCCCAGAGGAAAUUGGAGAAACACUUUGGUCAGUCUCCUAUUUUCAUUGCAUCCACCUUUAUGACACAAGGUGGCAUACCACCUUCAACAAACCCAGAUUCUCUACUAAAGGAAGCUAUCCAUGUCAUCAGUUGUGGAUAUGAGGACAAAACUGAAUGGGGAAAAGAGAUUGGCUGGAUCUAUGGUUCAGUAACGGAGGAUAUUCUGACUGGGUUUAAAAUGCAUGCAAGGGGCUGGCAAUCAAUCUACUGCAUGCAACCACGACCUUGUUUCAAGGGUUCUGCACCAAUCAAUCUUUCCGAUCGUCUUAAUCAGGUGCUCCGUUGGGCUCUUGGGUCAGUGGAAAUUCUGCUUAGUAGACAUUGUCCUAUCUGGUAUGGUUACAAUGGACGAUUGAAGCUUUUGGAGAGGCUGGCUUACAUCAACACCAUUGUUUAUCCAAUCACAUCCAUCCCGCUUAUUGCCUAUUGCGUGCUUCCCGCUAUCUGCCUCCUUACCAAUAAAUUUAUCAUUCCUGAGAUUAGCAAUUAUGCUGGGGUGUUCUUCAUUCUUCUUUUCGCCUCCAUUUUUGCCACUGUUAUAUUGGAGCUUAGAUGGAGCGGUGUUGGCAUUGAAGAUUGGUGGAGAAAUGAGCAGUUUUGGGUUAUUGGUGGCACCUCUGCCCAUCUCUUCGCAGUGUUCCAGGGUCUGCUGAAAGUGUUGGCUGGGAUUGAUACCAACUUCACAGUUACCUCAAAGGCAUCUGAUGAGGAUGGCGACUUUGCUGAGCUAUAUGUGUUCAAGCGGACCAGUUUGCUCAUUCCUCCGACCAUUGCUCUUGUCAUUAACCUGGUCGGAAUGGUGGCAGGAAUUUCGUAUGCCAUUAACAGUGGCUACCAAUCCUGGGGUCCACUCUUUGGAAAGCUGUUCUUACUUGUCUAUUUAUUGUCUUUAAGUUUUUUUAAUAAUUUUCAGUAGGUUCUACCUCUAUAUUUGGAACAAUAGAUAACGACGAGUGAAUCCAUGACGACGUCUUUCAUAUGUUACCUAUCUUAUAUAAUGUUUUAUUGUAGCUUUUGAACUAUGUUACUUUUUAUUAUACUUUUGAUAAUAAAAUUUGUCCCGAGGCUUGAGGGGAUCCUAGAU